CGGAUGGAGAGCAGCCGCGCUUCUCCCCGCUACGGAUCCAUGGAAUCCCCCCGGUGGCCGCCGGCCGGCGCGGGGCCAGAGGAUGGGGUGGUGUCCAUGGCUGACUCCAGCAGCACCAUGGAUGACAUCGAGGGAGAGCUGUUCCGGAUCGAGCGCAUCCGGGAGGUGCUGGUGCGCCGGGAGUCGGAGCUGCGCUACAUGAUGGACGACAUCCAGCUCUGCCAGGAAAUCAGCCAGCUGAAAAUGGAGCUCCAGAACCUCCUGGUCCUGCCAGAGAACCAGAAAUCCAGCGAGGAGAAGCAGAGGGAAGAAGAGCUGGUGCAGCAGAUCCACAAGCUGGUGGAAAGGCGGGAUUUCCUGGUGGAUGACGUGGAGCUGGAGAGGCUCAGGGAAAGGGAAGAGGACAAGGAAAUGGCCGAGUUCCUGCAGAGCAAGCUCUCCAAAAGCCACCUCCAGAGAGCCACUCCUGUCCAAGAGAAGAGGAUGACAUCGAGGGGACAGCAAACCUCGGCUCCCUACGUGACCAAGACGGGCCUGACCCUGCUCAAGGAGUGCUGUGGCUUCACCUGCUCCGUCAUGUAGGGCACUGCCAGCCCCAGCACAGGACACGGCCGUGCCUCUGCUCCCCAGCUCUGCAGCCAGAGCCGCUGCCCGCUCUCCUCCGAGAGAUCCAGCGCCCGUCACUGCCCACAGCUCCCCGCAGCAGCACC